GUUGUUGUCAGUCCUAUCACGACUUUCGCAUAAACGACACGCAUGUUAUCGGGAAAAAGACGCCGCGUGUGUUUGAUGCAAAAGGCAAAGGAAAAAAGUUAAUGCAUGCAUAUUUAUCCGCUGUGUGUAUUGCAAAAGCAAUUUCAAUUUUUUGCUACCUAAAUCCAAACUACUUACAAAAGGUAGUGUGAUAACGCAAGAUAAUGCAAUAGAAAAUUUAGAGUUCCAUUCUCUCAGCAAAACGUGACAAAUGCACAACAAAUAAAGAAAAUAUUAUUCAAUUCAAAUUGAUUGCCGUCGGUCUCGCUCUCUUUUCUGUGUGUGUCGUUGUCCGUCGUCUGUGUGUUGAAAUCAAUGUGUGUGUGCGUUAAUAAACCACAAAUAACAACAACAAAUUCGUGAGAUUUUACUGCAUUUUAGUCGCCGUCGCAGUCGCAGUACGCGUCGCGUUUUAGUUAGCUUCGAAUUUUAUUUGUACAAUUUCGUAUAUUGUUGUUGUGUUGCUUGUCUGUCUUUCGAGCCGCGCCGUUUGUCGCUGCCGUCGUCGUCGUCGCCGCCACCGACGCUACUGCACACACACAUACACACACUCGCAAACGCAAACACAAGCAUACACGCACGCACUCAUACAUACAAAUGCGGAAGAGUCGCCGCAGUUAUUGAAAUCAGCUCCCCACCAACAACAAUAAGCCGCUGCUUCUCAAUAAUUGUGCAUUUCUAUAAGCCGCAGCAGCAACAAACGCAACAACUGCACGAAAAUCUCGCAAGCAAAAUUAAUUAAAAUAAGUGCAUAAAAUCGGAAAACGGAAAUCGCAACGAAUACUAGAAAUUCCAGAAAUAUUCGUAUUUUAAAUGUGUUAAACUGCAAGAAAAUCAAAACAACAAAAUUAAAAAAUUCAAAUGGGCAACUAUUGAAUGGCGGCCAUUAGUGGCCCCAAGCGGCAUCCAUUGAGCAAUCAACACCAUUUCUCCCAUCCAAACAUCAGCACUACCAUCUCCACCAAUACCAAGAUCAAAACCAAUAUCAACAACACCACCACCACCACCAACAACAGCAACAACAACAAUUGCAACACCACCACAACUAGCACUAACAAUAGCAGCAGCAACAAUAAGCAGCAAAGGCCUUUUAGCUAUCAAACGCAAGCUAAUCCCCUCCAGCACAACAACAACAGCAACAACUCCUCCAGUUGCAACAACAGCAACAGCUGCCCAAAUUCUUCAGCUGCUGCGCCGCGUAGCUCAAUGAGCGUAUCGAUGUCACUGGUACAGGGUGGUGCUGCCGGUGGUGCGCCACAGGGCGCUAGCGCAAUAUUGGCCGCUGCGGCUCCAUAUUAUCAGCCGCCAGCUGUGCCCCAGGAUGUGCAACCGGAUCGUCCAAUUGGCUACGGUGCCUUCGGAGUUGUAUGGGCUGUCACAGAUCCACGCGAUGGUCGCCGCGUCGCACUCAAAAAGCUGCCAAAUGUGUUCCAAUCUUUGGUCUCAUCCAAGCGCGUUUUCCGCGAGCUCAAAAUGCUCUGCUUUUUCAAGCAUGAAAAUGUGCUGUCAGCUUUGGACAUUUUACAGCCACCACACUUGGACUUCUUUCAAGAAAUCUAUGUGAUAACGGAGCUGCUGCAAUCGGAUCUGCACAAGAUCAUCGUGUCGCCACAACAUCUAUCCGCCGAUCACAUCAAGGUCUUUCUCUAUCAGAUACUCCGUGGCCUCAAGUAUCUGCACUCAGCUCGGAUUCUCCAUCGCGAUAUUAAGCCUGGCAAUCUGCUCGUCAACUCCAAUUGUGUCCUCAAGAUAUGCGAUUUUGGCCUGGCACGUGUCGAGGAGCCCGAUCAGGCCAAGAGCAUGACCCAAGAGGUGGUCACACAAUACUAUCGCGCACCUGAGAUUCUCAUGGGCGCCAGUCAUUAUUCGUCCGCCGUGGAUGUGUGGUCGGUGGGCUGCAUCUUUGGCGAACUGUUGGGCAGACGCAUCUUGUUCCAGGCACAGAAUCCGGUGCAGCAGUUGGAGCUCAUCACCGAGCUGCUGGGCACACCGACCAUGGAGGAUAUGCGCCAUGCGUGCGAGGGAGCACGCAGACACAUGUUGAGGCGGGCGCCCAAGCCGCCAUCGUUCUCGGUGCUCUACACGCUCAGCUCGCAUGCCACACACGAGGCUGUUCACUUGCUCUGCCAGAUGCUUGUCUUCGAUCCGGAUAAGCGCAUUUCGGUGACGGAUGCCUUGGCGCAUCCGUAUCUGGAUGAGGGUCGACUGCGCUAUCAUUCGUGCAUGUGCAAAUGCUGCUUCACUACCUCGGCUGGCAUGCGUCAGUAUACGGCGGACUUUGAGCCAUCGGCCGGACAGCCCUUUGAUGAUUUAUGGGAACGCAAGCUUCCCUCAGUGCAGCAGGUGAAGGAGGAAAUGCACAAAUUCAUUGCCGAGCAGCUGCAAACGGGACGAGUGCCACUGUGCAUCAAUCCGCAGAGUGCGGCAUUCAAGAGCUUUGCCAGUUCCACUGUGGCACAUCCCUCGGAGCUGCCCGUCGCCGCAUCAAUGGGAAUGACGGCAAAAUGAGGCGAUUGCUGCCUAAAAUAUGAAAAGCAACACAGCAACAACAGCAACAUGAACAAUUUUUGACAACACACCUGGAAAAUUGAAAUAUUGGAAGUGCAACAGGAACUUCGCGCCAACUACCAAAACUCACUAAAAACAAACUCAAAAAAAAAAAAAUUCGAAAAACAAAAACACACAACUUUAGCCACUUAAGCGACACAUUCUGCGAAUGGCAAAAAUGCUAUUCACAGAAGAAGGAGAAGGAGUAAAAGCAGAAGAAGAAGAAGCAGAAGUAGUAGCAGUCGAAGCAGCAGAUGAAAGGAAGAAACAACGGUUAAAUUGAGAGCGCCGAACAAAUUGUGUUUUGCGUGCGCAGUCAAUUUAAAAGUUAAAGCAUUCCACCACCGAAAUGAAUAAAUGAAACGAACUAAAAUGCAACAAAACAAACAAAAACAAACACAAAAUACACACACAACGUAACGUAACGUAACUCAACUGAAACUAGUCUAAAAUAUAUAAAAAACGAAGGAAAACAAACAAGGAAAAAAGGAAAACGCAGCGGCAGAGACAACAAAUUCGAUGAUAAACUACAAAAAUUAAUGGAACAUAAACAACAACAAAAAACAAACUACGCAUACAAAUUGUGGAAGGCGUAUUACACAAAAAACAAAAACUAUUUGGCAACAAAGCAGCUAAUUUGUUGUGCUUGACAAAAUUGGUAAAAACGGAUAAACACAAAAAACAAACGAAGUAGAGGAUAGAGGAUAGAAAAGAAAAAGGAGAAGAGUUAAGAGCAACUAUUACUAAACAAUGAAAUUUUUGGUCUAAAUAAGCAAAUUACAAAAAUGUUUUAUGUUAAGCGCUUUAAAUCUAUGUAAAUUAAUUAGCAACUAGACUAAACAUCCCCCCAAAAACAAACAAACAAAACAUUUGCCACUCUCCACCAACCCCAAAUAAAACUGACGUCAUGUUCGUGUGCGAAUAUUGUAAUAAACAAAAUACAAAACAAAACAUAAACUACAACUAUAAAACUAUAAAUUCUAAUUACAAUUAAAAAGUGUGUAACAAAUACAAAUACACUCACACACGUACAGAAAUUUGUUUGCCAAAUUUACCUCACACACAAAUACACACACAGACACACGCUCACUUUAGAGUAACACAAGAAUUUUGAUUUAACGAAACUCUACUAUAGGAAAAACUCUCAAUGUGUAGUGAAAAACUCUCAACUCUUUAGAAAUUUGUGCAAAUUAACAAAAGCGAAUGCAAAAAGCUAAAUUAAAUUCAUUUCAACACACGUAUAUAUUUAUAUUGUAUUUGCGCUUCAUGUUUGAAACUGGUUUCUCUAACUAUGUGUAAAAAAAAGGGAGCAGAGAAAAAUAUAUAUAUAAUUAAAUUAAAAAUAUAUAUGAAUAUUACGAAUAUAUAUAAAUAUUAACUCUAUAUUUGUGUGCAAAAGAAAUGUAUGUGUGUCAGUGUCUAUGUCUCUGUCUCUGUCUCUGUAUGUAAAAUAGAAGAAAAAAAGCAAAACAAACAAGGCAACAAUUAUGAAAAGAGUUUAGUUAAAAGUUAUGGGAAACAAACUAUCGAAAAACAUUUUAACUGUGGACUGAUUAUAAAGCAUAAUUCAAGCAAUUAUGCAAUUAACCAAUUUAAUUUGUACUAAUUCUAAUUCUAAUUCUUAGUUAAUGACAAUUUAUGAAUAUUAUUAUUAUGAUUACUCGUACUAUGAUUACAAUUAGGUUUUAGUUGCUUAGUUCUUAGCACACGCACAUUUCAACUUGAACUUAUUGUACAAUAUGUUUCUCGUAUAAAUUGCGAAUGGUAGUUAAAGAAUAAAACACAAAACAAAACCAACAACAAGUGGACGACACACUGCCCCCCAGUGAAUGUGCACAGGCGCUCAACAGUUGCAAUGGACACCACAGCAGCACUCACCCUCCACCAUCACCGCAUUUCACCACCGCACCACACCACACUACACAAAACAACAACAUUCGCAGCGAGUGGGGCAACCACAACAACAACAGUCACAGCCAAAUCUCAUUCGAAACUUUUUAUUCACACUGCCUUUUUCUCUGUGCGCGUGCGUGAUUGUGCAUGUUUGAGCGCGUGCGUGCGUGUUUGUGCGUGUCUAUCAACGACGCCGUGCUAUUUCAAUUAGUUUUUACAUACUCUGCAUUAUUUUAAAGUGUAAUAUAGUUUAAUUUUCUUCCAUCCUUCCUUCCUUCCACUUCACUUUCUACUCUCCCCACACUCGACAUAAUUUCUACAACUUUUUCUUCUUUUUAAGUAGCAACAAAUGCUCAUGCCAACUAAACGCUAUAGUAAAAAAAAAAGAAAUAUGAACAUUCAUCGUUCGUUUAGAUUCAAGCUACAAAAUAUAUAGGAUAUAUACAUAUGUAUGUUUAAGACUGAGUUAUCUCAUUUCCUUAUAAAAGAGAUGUUGACAAGCGCACCCAUGCAAUAAAAAAAAGAAUAAGAAAAUGAAAAUCGAAAUCGAAAUUGGAUAAAGUUGAAGUUGAAAUUUAAAUUUGAAUUCGUAUUGCUUAAAUUAUGUAUUAAUGUAGCAAACUAUAUAUGAACAUAUAUAUAUAUAUAUACAAAUAUUAUAAUAUACAUGUGUAUAAAUCUAUAUGUGUGCGUAUUUGUAUUUAAUAUCUUUGAUCAUUCAAAGUUUAGAAGAAAAAAAAGAGAAAAACACUCGAAAAAUUUGUAGAAUUUGUGCGCUCACUUUAAAAACUAUUUCCACCCAAUUCUUCAACUCUCUUUAACUGUGCUGCUUUCUUAUGUAUGUAGUUUUACAUCAUUAUAUAACUAUAUCGAUAUAUAUGAUCUAUACUUGAGAUAUACUUAUAUAUAUGGCAUUAACUAAUUUAGCGUACGCUUACGAUGAUGAUAAAGAGAAAGAGAACGCGAGAAGUAAAGAAACAAAAUAAAAAAUAAAUAAAUAUGAAUUCAAACUUUCACGGAGAUCUCAUAGCAAAAACAAAACAAAAAAGGAAAAACGAAAAUUAUGCUGAAAAGCAAAAGGAAAUCAACAGCUUAGAUAUGAUCAGAGGGAAAUACAUAGUUGAAAAUCCCGUCCUUUGGUUGUAAGCGAUUUCUUUUCGAUUUUUUAACAUAGCCUUUUGUUUAGAAAUAUAACGAUUUUUUUGUCUUAUAAUACAACACAAAUAUGUAGACUACAAAUCUUUGUCACACACACACACCUAUACACACACAUACACACUCUGAAAUAUAUAAAUACCUUUAGUUAUUAAAAAAUUCUUACUUGAAACGAAGAAACGAGUAGAAGAAGAAGAAAGGCAAGAAAUACAAUGCAAAAUUAUCAUCUACAUUAGAGAUUAAGAAGAACAACAACACAUUUUACAUACAUACAAACUACAUACAUACAUCAUUUAUUAAACAAAUUAUGUAACGAAUAACGACAUCGGACUUAUGUAGGCACCAUGUACAUAACAUUAACACCCCACCAAUACUUAUAUGAUAUAAUAUAACACCCAUACACUUAAUUCUUAAGCGGCAACUAGUUUUUUUUUUAGUGUUUAGUUCUACAAGUUUAAACGAAAGCGAAACGAAAUCAACUAAUAUAAUUAAUACUAUACGAUACGAUUAUUAUUAUUACGAUUAUGAUUAUGAUUAUUAUAUCAUCAUGUGCUCUAUUUCGAAUCAUGUACAUUUUUGCACUCCUUUCAAUUCAAAUCCCGACAACCACACAACACACACAUUAAAAUUUAAAUAUAUAUAUAUAGAUAUAUAAUCUUAAUUUGUCUAUUUUAAUUCUUGGGAUUUCAUAACUUAUGUUUCAAUAAGUUUGAAAAUAUAUGUUUAACUGUUAGUUGACUAAGUAAACUGCAUUAGUAUUUUGACCUAAACCAAUUGUGGAGCAGUACUAAAUAUAUAUAUAUAUAUAUAAUUAUAUAGUAGAACCUACAUAAUAUAUACGAGUUAACGUUUUCAUAAUGGCUGCAGACGAAGAAUGAGAAGCGAGAUGAAAAAGAGAGAGAGAAAUAAAAUUGUGUAAAACUGUUUGUAUAAAAAAAAGCGACAACAUUUUUGUUUUAUUCUUUGAAUUUCAACAUUUCUUAACAACUCUUAAAACAUAAAACUUUCCUUCGAAGUUUUGGAGGCGAGGGAAAUUGUUUCCGAAGACCGUCUAGUAAAAAACCACAGACCCAAUGCAUUUGCAAUUAGAAUUUAUAGCUAUAAAUACAUGUAUGCAUUUUUUUUGUGUUUUUUGUCAUGAAUUAGCACUACUAAAAUAUACGAUAUAUACUUAUAUUUAUAAAUAUAUGUGUAUGUAUGGACAAUAUUGCAAAAGAACGAAAACAAAACAAACUCGAAACACUCAAAACAGAUUAUUCCAAAUACAGGUAUCUAAAAAAACACAUUUGAAAUGUAUGUCCUUUGGAUCGAAGGCAGCUUUUGAAUAUCUCUCAGAAUAAUAAGUAUUAUAUAUAUAAUAUUGAACUCGAUUAUAAAACGACAUUUGUGCCAGAAUUAACCAAAAAAAGAAAGACAACAACUUUUUGGCAGACAUUAAACAAAUAAUAGUAAAAAUAAUAAAUGUUUUCUUAACAGAGAAUAAAUUGCGCUCAGGUUAUAAAAAAAAGAAACAGAAUAUGUAAAGAAUAAAAAUCACCAUUACUUAAAUGUAAA